GGGGGCAGGAAGAGGAGACAGACAGAGACACGACAGGCACACAGAGACGGGCAGAUAAGCAGGCGGCCAGGACGGUGUAGAGACAGAGACAGGAGGCUGUAUGUCGUACGUGCAUACGUAGUGCGAUAAAGGAGUGCAAGUGCGUGUCGAGUAGACCCCCGGUGUCGUCAUGCCCUGGUGUAGCCGCGUCGUCGUAAUAACAAUAAUAUCGUGGCAGCUGACGACUCGCGACGAGGCGGCGCAGGUCGAUUCUCGAUUCGCGUGAUCCGACAGCUUUGGUACCCCCUGACGUCUCCGUAAGGUCGUCGAUGCGUCUUUGUUCGCGGCCGGACGGGAGGAGGACGGGCGCGGAUUGUCGUUGCGACGACGAGACGAGGAAGAAGGAUACGAGGACGAGGACGAGAGAGAAAAGGGAAGUAGCCUGGUAGCCUGGGGUAGGUGAGGUGCGAUACUCGAUAAUCUGUCCGAUUUCAUUCUCUAUCUCUCUCUCUCUUCGUAUUCUUUUCUUCGUCUACUCUCCUCUACCUCGGAGUUGAGACCACGCGACCUCCUGGACACCCCGGCGCGGUCCUGGACAGGUCCAGGCGAAGAGGUGGAGCCGCCGCGCCGACAACAACGACGACGACGACGACGACGACGUCGAGGAGAUGCGCGAGUUCAAGGUGGUGGUCCUCGGCUCGGGCGGGGUGGGCAAGAGUGCGCUCACCGUCCAAUUCGUCUCCGGGUGUUUCAUGGAAAAGUACGACCCGACGAUCGAGGACUUCUACCGGAAGGAGAUCGAGGUCGACAACUCACCAUGCGUCCUCGAGAUCCUGGACACGGCCGGCACCGAACAGUUUGCGUCGAUGCGCGAUCUCUACAUCAAGAACGGUCAAGGCUUCGUUGUGGUCUACAGCCUGACGAAUCACCAGACCUUCCAAGACAAGGCAAUGAAGGAACUCAUCACCCGGGUCAAGGGUACGGAACGAGUGCCGGUGCUCCUAGUGGCGAACAAGCUCGAUCUUGAACACCAGCGGGAGGUCGGCACCGAGGAGGGCCACCAGCUCGCUCAGCUCUGGGGCUGCCCGUUCGUCGAGGCGAGCGCCAAGAAUCGCACGAACGUCAACGAGAUGUUCGCUGAGAUCGUCCGCGAGAUGAACUUCAGCCCCGAGAAGGAGAAGAAGACCUACUGCUGUUGCAGUGUCCUCUAAUACUUAAUCAAAAGCCCCGAUGGUCCCGAUUAUUUAGCCGUGGACCGAACUAGGUGAAGGAAAAUAAAUAUAUAGGUACAGGUGUGUACAGUGUGUUUACCAAGAGGGAAAGGCUUCGUCGUUCUGUUCU